AUGGCGUCCUCCAUCCCCUACGACGACGACAACGUCUUCAAGAAGAUCAUCGAGGGCGUCAUCCCGUGCUACAAGAUCUUCGAGACGGAGCACGCGCUCGCGUUCUUAGACGCGUUCCCCAUGGCGCCCGGGCACGCGCUCCUCGUCCCGAAGACGACGGGCGCCGCGACGAUGAUGGACCUCCCCGAAGACGUCGCCGCGAACGUCCUCAAGGAGCUCCCGCGGCUCGCGAGGGCGGUGAAGGCCGCGACCGGGUGCGACGGCGUGAACGUCGUUCAGAACAACGGCGCGACCGCGGGGCAGGUCGUGUUCCACCUCCACGUGCACGUGAUACCGCGGUGGGAGAAGGACGGCGUGGUGCGACUGGGGAAGAGCGGGGAGGCGAUAGGGAAGGACGCCGCGGACGCGAUGGUCGCGAAGAUGAAAGCCGCCAUCGGCGAGGCGUAG